UUAAGGAAUAAUAAGAAUUAAUAAUAAUAACCAGUAAUGCAACACCAAAACCAGAAACGUACAAACGAAAUCCAAGGAGCACCCAACAAAAUUUAGUCAAGGAAAUUUGUGAAUUUUUUUAAUUUUACUUAAUCAUCAACUGCUAAAAGAAGCCCCAACAAUUUAGGCCAUUUGCCACUCUCAUUCUCAAAUUUGAAUUAUAACACUAUACAAUAAAUCAUAUAUCAAUGCAGAAAUGCAUGAGUUUAGCUAGGAACAAAUUGUGUUGCACCAUAAAAUCUUGUAUACUAAUUGCAAUUCUAGCAAUAUAGAAUCCCUUGUAGAGUUAACAUUUUUUUUUGGCUAUACAAUGAAGAAUUCACAUGGAAGGUCCAGAAGUACUGUUCAAGGCCCCUGGAAAUAUAACCAGGGAGUAGAUGCCUUGUCCUCCGUUGUCCGAACUGUAUCGAUGAAAACAGGUUUCAACAAGCAGAGAACGAUGAACGACGUGAGCCUGAAAAGUGGGGAAGUAGGUGUUCCUGCAAGUAUUUACACGUUCCGGGAACUUGCUGCAGCAACACAGAACUUCAAUCAAGAAAUGCUGAUAGGCGAGGGGUGUUUCGGGAGGGUGUACAAAGGGCAGCUCAAGCACAAUAAUCAAAUUGUUGCAAUAAAACAACUUGAUAAAAAUGUGGCUGAGGGAAAUGCACUGGAAGGAAACAUAGAGUUUCUGGAUGAAAUUGUGGCACUGAGUCAUGUCCGGCACCCAAAUCUUGUCAGUCUCAUUGGUUACUGUGCUGAUGGCGGCCAAAAAAUCUUGGUGAACGAAUAUAUUUCCAAUGGCUCGUUGCAGGAUCACCUUUUCAAUGUUUCUGCAGAAAGGCCGCCUCUUGACUGGCAUUCUAGGAUGAAAAUAGCGAAAGGAGCAGCUCAGGGACUGGAGUAUUUACAUGAUACUGCCAGCCCUCCGAUUAUAUUUGGGGACUUGAAAUCAUCAAACAUAUUAUUAGACGAUGAAUUCAAUGCCAAGCUUUCUGAUUAUGGCCUUUUUAAGUUAGCUCUAGAUAAUUAUAAUAGUAAUAAUUUCAAUAAAGAUCAUCACAGAAGCAUGAUGGUGAUGGAAACGUAUGGACAUUGUGCACCGGAGUAUGCAGAAACAGGCGAGGCAACACCCAAGUCUGAUGUCUACAACUUUGGAGUUCUGUUGCUUGAAAUCUUAUCUGGACGAAGAGCUAUUGAUACGACGAUGCCAACUGAGGAACAACACUUGGUUACUUGGGCACACCCAAUAUUUAAUGACAGAAAAAAAUUUCACUUAAUGGCUGAUCCUCUGCUUGAGAAUAAAUAUCCUAGAAAGGGUCUUUACCAAGCUAUAGCAAUGGCAGCCAUGUGUCUGCAAGAAGAAGCUAAUACCAGACCUUUGAUUGCGGAUAUUGCUACUGCCUUGGAGUACUUGCUUUAUGAAAACUUCGAGACCAAUGAGAUGAUGUACAUGACGGAUGCUGAACUAGCACAGGAAUUCGGAUAUCAACAAGAAGACGAUGCUGAGAAGCAGUGUAAUACAUCUACUGAUUAGAGAUAACAAUGUAGAAAACAUUUGUAUAAUGACAACAAAAGGAUGUGUAUAAUUCUGGAUAAUCAAGUGUUUACCUUAAUACUCCUGAGUUUGCAGGUUCUUGUACUUGAAGCUAGAAACUCCAUGUAAUUCUGCAACUUCAACAACUGAGCAAGUGGCAGGUAGGCGAAAACUUUUCUUCUUCUGUUUUCUCCUCACCAGGAAGUGAAGAUUAAGGCAUGAGUUAACUUCACUAGAAGCACUCUCCUUUUUCCCAGUGUGGCGAAAUUCGAGUCGUCGGAAAUACUCCAUCUCUUUCUUCACAAGUGAUCCUACUGUCCCUUUUGUGCCUACCUCAGUAGGAACUGAUGCACUCAUUCUUAAGCUAAAAACUUUGCACAGAACACAAAAAUCAGAACUAGAUGGUAAUGUCUGAAGCUUUUUGGAUAUAAGAGGGUACUGUAUUUGUUUUCCUAUGCUCCUGAGUGUUUUCUAAUGGAGAUUGCUUCGCUUAUAUUCUACACCAACUCUUCCCUUUUCUUGUGUUCAUUAUUAAUUGUCUUAUAUAGAUCCAGAUAGAAGAGAUGAUCAUGAUUUUCUUAGGCACUUGGGGUCAUGUAAUCAUAAUUCUGAUACUAGUGGCUCUAAUUAUGACAAUUGAUAAUGCAUGCUCCAUUGUGUACAAAAUGGAAAUAAUUCCAUUCAUGCCUCAAGCAAUUACACUUUUGCCUAAGGCAUCUUUACUCCGUUACUUUUUUUUAUAGCCG